CGGAGCAGCACUUUCUCUGAAGCGGCGCUCGCGACAGGAGGCUUCACGCGUGGCGGCGGCAACAGCGCGGUUCUGAGGUGCGGCGGGCGGCUGCGGCUGGCCAGAGCGGAAGCCGGGGAUAUACAUCCUUGAGUGAUGCAAUCUACUGCAGUGGUUGAGACAGCUUCUAAUAAAGGCUACUACAAUAAUGGAAGAAACAUUCAGAAAGCAGAUGAGCCUUCUAAUCCCAAGAAAGAAAAUUUGUUAUCUCCUAAUGGUUGUAAAGCAGCCAAAUUGACUUUUCUUAAUGAUUACUGUGAUUCCUUGGCAUUAGAAAAAAGAGCUAAUGACAAAGAAAUCAGCAAUAUUGACAAAACAGAUUUAUUGGAGCCAUCUUUUACCACAAGUCCAGAUACUAACAUAGAGAGUGCUUACUCUCAGUCAGGUGAAUUUGAAGAUAGUACUGACUAUGCUUUCCUGAAUGAAACCUACACUAUACAUGAUUCAGAGUCAAAACUAAAGAGUGAAAGUCUUAUUCAUUUAAAUUCAGAAUUAGAUUCUGAAAUGCAGAAAAGAGAAGAGGUGUUUUUUGAUAUUUUGGAAUAUCAAGGUAAUAAGACUACUGACUUGGAAAGAAUCUACAAGAUUUCAUAUGAUGACUAUGAAAAAACUGCUGAAGAUGUGCAAAAGCCUGAUAUAGAUGAAGACUCACAGCAGGAAUAUCACAGUGCAGAAGAACAAGAGAAUAUAAAUAACCAUUUAUCAUUUGACCAGGCAAAAACAUUAGACAUACCUAAUCUGGAAGUUUUGGGAUUAAGAAAUUCAGGCUGUGAAGUUAAAUGUGCUAGCAAUCUAGAAGACAGUCAUGUUAAAUUGGAAAGUAAUUUCAUCUCUUCAGAUUCAGUUGAUGUUUAUGGACGAGAAGAUUCAUCUCGUGUCUCCAAGUUUCAGAAUUCUGUUACGUUGAGAGCAUUUCCUGCACCUAAGCAUGGAAAGGGUAAGGAGCAAGAGGCUAGUUUACUGCUUCACACAGUGUUGGAUGAAGUUGUGCUCAGGAGCAGUCAUCCUGAGCACAAGGAGUCUCAGUCUGCGGGUUUUCUAAACCCUCAGAAAGCAUCAAAAACUAAAAUUUAUACUUGCAAAAUGAGCCCUCAAUUAACUGAAAGUAAAGAUUCUACUGGAAAUUUAAUUGUUGAGGACAAAAUGUUACAGCACCUUGACAAUCCAGGCACAUUGCCUCAGGACAAAGAUUUAGAGAGUUUACUCCAGCCUUGUAAAGAUUGUCAGACUUCCUCUGUUUUUGAUGAUUCAGUAAUUUCUGCCUGUGGGUAUUCACAUUAUGAAAGCCUGCAAAGCACCCCUAACAUAGCCUUAGAUGUUUCUAUUACUCUACCAAGGUCUGCAAUCAGAGAUAAUCAGGCAGUAGAAGAAAGUGGCUCCCUAAAAGUUGCUAAUGGCAAUACCAUCAGUAAAGCACACUUUUGCAAUACGGAAGGACCAUGUCCCAAAUCAGUGACAGAUGCAGCAGGUUGUACAGUCACAGUUAAUCAGACGGUGGAUGUUAGUGCUGAUUUUAGGGCUUGUUUCACAACAAGCAGGGCAACAAGUGCAAGAUCUUCUGUAGUAUCCACAUCAAGCAACACAGAGAUAACAAUGAUGAAUAAAAAACGGCCUAGUGAAUGGCAAAGUGAGAAACAAAGAAGUGUGGCUUGUAACACAGAUUGGUCAUACAUUCAAGAUACUAAAGAUCCACAGAUGGCUAUGACAAAAGGACCUUCAGGGAAAUCUCUCUCCGUUGACAGUUUAAAACCUAACAGAAAUGUCCCAAAUAAGGAUUCCCUGGAGUUAAAAACAUUCGAGUUCACAGACUUAAAGAAACAUUCUGAAAGGGAACCUCAGCUUCCUAAAGAGGUAGAGAAGAAUUUGCCAUCUAAGUGCUGUCAGCAGAUAAUGCAGAGAGCCAUCCAAGCCGAGUCGCAUCUUUUAAAUGUUCACUAUCAGUUGUGCCGUCGCCAUUGCAGUGAUAUUUACAGACUUGUGAUGGAAGAUAAGGAAGGACUAAAUAGGAAUUUAUCAAGUAAUUCUACUAAGAAGGAAUUAGGACCAGCACUACUGUCAGUUUUAGGAGACUUAAAAGUUAGAUACAUGAAUUUGAAAGAAAAGAUAAACAAGGGUAUACCACUAGAAGAGCUGCCUCCCUUGUCAAUAGAAUCAAGAUUAUUAUCUGCCUUCUCUACUUUUGCUUCCAGGCUAAUGAAAGAAGAGUCACCUAUCUUUUCAGGAGCAGAUUCUGAACUAGAUAAUCAAAGGACACAUGAUGUUGGUUCUUCCAGCCUAAAGAAGACACUCUCUCAAACACCUCUGUUACUUGACAAUGGUCAUCCUAAACAAGAUAAAUCACCUGAAAAGGGUGGUUCAAAAAAUGGUGAUAUAGAUGUAGACUUGAGUCAGCUAAAGCUUGAUGAUAAAGACUGCAGAAAUUACCGAGAAGUAAAUGAAGACUGGUUUGAUGCUAAAGAGAACCUGACUGGAGCAGACUUCUCAGGCAUACAAGAAAAUCAGAUAGAACAAGACAAAGGGGACCCGAAGUUUACACUUGAAAUAAAGAAAGUGGAACCCUUACGAAGAGAGAAAGGUUACUUGAUACAUGUUGGUGGUCUCUGCCCUUCAGUGUCUGAGGCUGAUUUAAGGUCUUAUUUCCAGAAAUAUGAAAUUUCUGACAUUUCAAUUUAUGACUCUUCUCCUAAUUACAGAUAUGCAUCUCUUGCUUUUAAAAAAAACAGUGAUGCAAAGAUGGCUGUGAAAGAAAUGAAUGGUAUAGAAAUAAAUGGGAAAUCAGUAAAUGUGCGGCUUGUCAAAACUCCUGGAGAAUAUACAUCACCACUUUCCUCCAAAAAUGGAAAUAAAGUUAGUUUCAGUAAUUUGGAAAAAAGCACCAGCAAAGAAAUCAGCUCACCCUCCUCUAUUUCUAGACUGCCCAGAACUCGGCCGAGACAGCUGGGGUCUGAGCAAGACAGUGAGUUCUUCCCUUUUGACCAAAAGGGUAUAAAGAAGAAUUGUAAACAGAUUGAGUCUACUAAAUUAUUACCUGAUACACCUAUUCAAUUCAUACCUCCAAAUACAUUGAACCUGCGUAGUUUUACCAAGAUCAUGAAGAGACUGGCUGAACUACAUCCAGAAGUUAGCAGAGAUCACAUUAUAGAUGCUCUUCAGGAAGUAAGAGUAAAUCAUAAAGGUUUUCUGAAUGGCUUAUCUAUUAAUACGAUUGUGGAAAUGACUUCCUCUGUUUUGGAAAACUCUGCUUCCAGUUAGGAAUAAAAGAAGCAAUAAGAGAAUUUCCUUGGAAAGCAUGAGUUCCUUCCUACAGAGAAUGUUCUCCAGCACUUAGGAAAAAAUUGUGGUAAUAGCAAAAUGAUAUAAUUAAAUAGGCUCGAUAAAUGGGGUUAGCUGUUAUAAUAUUCUACUUUAUAUAGCCAUCUCUUAAAAUCUAGCAACUGUUGUUUUGACAAUAUAAAGAUCUCUAUAUAUAAAUUAAAAGAUAACUUUUUAAUGUUUAUAGACUUUGUAUUUCAAACUUCUCACUUAGAGACUUGAAGCUGCAUGUUUUGGAGCAGAGACAAAAAUGGUGUCAAUUUAAAAAAAAAAAUCUGUGUUAAGUCAGUUUUUAAAAUAUUGACCAAUAGAAAGUAUUAUUUUAUAUGUGAAGAAUAUAAUCUAUCUGAAGUUCUUAUUUUCAGUUUUCAGUUGUCUUAAGACUCUUAUAUUGGACCAUAGGAUAACAGAUAAACUGGAUCUACAGAUACACAUUUUGUAACGUGUAUGUUGUUUUUAAGUUUCCAAAAUAAUUACUGUUGUGAUGCAUUAAUAGGUUUAGAUGUAUUUUCCCUGUUUUCACUAGGAAGAGUGAACCCGUUUGUGCUCUGGUAAACUGUUUACUUAAAUAUAAAGUGGUCACUGUAUUGAUUAUGUUCAUUUUGUAAGAAGUUCUGUUAGGUUAGAGUAUACAUUGGAACACUUUUCAAGACCUAUUCUUUUGCUUUAUCUGAUAACAUAAAUUUUAAUUGUUUACUUUUAAAGAUAAUAUUGUUUAAAGUUAGGGUCUUACUAAUAGUAAGAUGAACACUUAAAUAUGUAUU